AUGCCGAGGUGGAACAAAGAGAAGAACUCAAGGAUUUUGGAAGUAGAAGAAGAGAGAACAAGAGAGGAGACGGCCGAAAAAGGGCAUGGGGCAAUUGAAAGUUGUGACCUGAGAUGUAGUCAUGAAGUUGGGAUAAAAUCUGCUAACUCGAUCUGCGGUAAAAAGCCCAGAGUUGAGGGUCAUCCAGGCGAUAAUACUGUGCUUGGAGAUAUUGAAUUUGUUCCAAACGAUGCCUCCAUAGUUGACCUUAGGAUGGGUAUGCCUAAUGAGGUUUUAGGUUGUUUUGGAGUUUCCAUUUCCAUCUGGGCUGAGAGACCAAAGCUGCGGGAGUUCAACGCUAGGAAGCUGAUAUGA